AUGGGGCUGCUCUUCGUGCAGCGGCUGGAGGGGGACGGGGUGUUCAAGUGCCGGCGGUGCCGCGUCGACGCCGCCUCCAAGGACGCAAUCAUCUCCAGGGACUUCUACGGCCGAUCCGGCCGCGCCUACCUCUUCGAUCACUCUGUUGUACCACAGGAGAAAGCCUAUGAUGCAAGCCAGAAAUACAAGGAAGGGAAGUUCAUUCUUGAAAGGGCUAGAAUGUGGAAGGACAGCUAA